CUAGCAGCUACCAGACAACCGCGAAGUACAUACAUACAUUAGUGAGACCUAAUGUGACUUAGCAGCGUCAGCGUGACAGAUAACGGCAGCAGCUUACUUAUUGUCUGAGGGUGACACAUUUAUAGCAUUAGACUCAGUCACUGACAAAGAACAAGAUGAACAAAUACAGGAAGCAGAUGGCAGAGCAGUUCCUGAGUCAGGCCCUGGGCAUCAUUUGCCUGCUGACCGGAGAGGAAUAUGUCAUUGUGAAGAAGAGGCCCUCCCACAGCAGCAUUCACCAGCUGAGAGGAGAGGUGCCUAUAAAGUGUGAUGAUGUUGCUGUGUAUUUCUCUAUGGAGGAGUGGGAGUAUAUAGAGGGACACAAGGAGCUUUACAAGGACGUCAUGAUGGAGACUCAUCCAGCACUAAGUACUAUGGAGAUCCCAGGAAAUGAGAGCUCAGGUCACAGUGAUGAAAAUCUAGACACAGGAGCACAAGGAGAACUUGUACAGAAUAUUCAGCCAGUGGAGACCCCAUCGGACGUCUCUGCAGAUGACAUUAAUACUGAUGUAGAUCUGAGUGUAACCUGUCAGCCGGAAGCUCCAAUGCAGGAAAUGUGUUACAGCGACAGUGCAGUAGAUCAAUCGGUUAGCUCAGACAGUCCAUGUCAAGAAUGGAGUUCAGAUGAUUCUUUCAUUUUCUUUGAAGAUCCACAAAACCACAUGGUGAAUAAACCAUUUUCAUGUAUUGUAUGUGGGAAAUGUUUUACCCACAAAUCCCAUCUUGUUACUCAUCAGAAAACUCAUUCAGGGGAGAAAGCAUUUUCAUGUUUUGUAUGUGGGCAAAGUUUUACUCAGAAAUCAAAUCUUAUUGACCAUAUGAAAAUUCAUAGGGGAGAGAAAGCAUUUUCUUGUGGUGUAUGUGGGAAAUAUUUUACUCAAAAAUCAAAUCUUAUUAGACAUCAGAGGAUUCAUACAGGAAAGAAAGCAUUUUCAUGUUCUGCAUGUGGGAAAUGUUUUAACCAGAAAACACAUCUUAUUGCUCAUCAGAAAGUAUAUAAACAUGAGAAAUCAUUUCCCUGUUCUAUAUGUGGAAAAUGUUUUACCCAGAAAUCAGUUCUUAUUGAUCAUCUGAAAAUGCAUAAAGGAGAGAAGGCAUUUUCAUGUUCUGUAUGUGGGAAAUGUUUUAUCCAGGAAUCUGUUCUUAAUGACCAUCUGAAAAUGCAUACGGGAGAGAGAGAAUUUUCAUGUUUGGAAUGUGGGAAAAGUUUUAAAUUGAAGUCAUGUAUUUUUAGACAUCAGCAAUAUCAUAAAGAGGAAGGAGUUUCAUGUUCAGAAUGUGGGACAUGUUUUAAUCAGAAAUCAAAACUUAUUGCUCAUCAGAAAAUACAUAAACGUAAGAAAUCAUAUUCCUGUUCUAUAUGUGGGAAAAAAUUUACACAGAAAUCACAUCUUAAUACACAUCACAAAAUUCAUACUGGAGAGAGAGAAUUUUCAUGUUCUGAAUGUGGGAAAUAUUUUAGCCAGAAAUCAAAUCUUAUUGCUCAUCAGAAAAUACAUACACGUGAAAAAUCAUUUUCAUGUUCUGAAUGUGGGGAAUGUUUUACUUUGAAGCCAGAUCUUGUUAAUCACCAAAAACUUCAUACUGCAGAGAAAAUAUUUGUGUGUAAUGAAUGUGGGAAACGUUUUACAUUGAAAUCAAGACUAAGUACACAUCAGAAAAUUCACACUGGAGAGAAAGCAUUCUCAUGUUCUGACUGUGGCAAAUGUUUUAACCAAAAAGCAAAUCUUAUUGCUCAUCAGAAAACUCAUACAGGAGAGAAAGCCUUUUUAUGUUCUGAAUGUGGGAAACGUUUUACUCAUAAAUGGGUACUUAUUAGACAUCAGAAAAUUCAUACAAAAGAGAACUCUAAUAGUUGAUAGUAAGCCCACUUUAUUAACCUCUUAAGGACAUAUAACGGAAUUUUUCCGUCAUAAAACAAUUGAGCAAACUGAAAGCUGUGUCCUUAAAGGGUUAAAUGUUGUUUCCUCCCUGUUUGAUGGAAACAGAAGCAAUAUUUGUAAAUUGUCUACAACCACAAACAGUUUGUUAUGCAUGGUGGUAGAUAAGUAGUAAUUUGCAUACCCCUGUAGUAUAAUGAAUACAACACACUUCUUCUCAGUGAAUUUUCUGAUGGAUUGUUGUAGCAGGGGGGUUUAGGACUUUCAUCAGCUGACAUGUCAAUUUUAUAGGAGCUAUAAACAGUUAGGCCCAUAAGUAUUUGGACAGUUAAACAAUCUUCAUAGUUUUGGCUCUGUACACAACUACAAUAGUAUUUAAAUAAAGCAAUUAGGAUGUAAUUAAAGUGCAAACUUUUAGAUUUAACUGUUAAGAAAUACAGUUUUUAUAUACAGUCCCCCAUUGUCAGAGGAUCAAAACUAACAUAAUAAAAAAUAUUUUGUAAUGAAAAAAAGCCUCAAUCUAAUAUUAGGCCUUUAAAAAGACAGGGAAUACAGCACUCUUUAUAUUUAUAUAAAGCACAUAUUUAUUGUUACACAGUUCCAAUUCCAGAACUGAAACAAAUCAAGCAAAUAUUGGUAAAGCUGAACAAAUAUACAUAUAUAUACAAAGUAUCAAGUACUCACACAUUGCAUUCAUUCAACAUACAUACUGAAACGCACUAUGCAUCAGAAUUGAAAUCUAUACCUAAUCAUAAAAAUCUUAUGUGGCCACAGUGACUAGGAAAUAACAGUGCUGUUACUUUAAGAAAAAAAUCUUUGCAAAGAUAAUAAAAAACUGCAAACAGUCCAUUUCCAAAAAGUAAUAAUAUAGUAGUGUCAAAUAGUAACGUUAUAUUGAUGAAGUCAAAAUAGGUCUCCAAGCAUUUGUGUCAGGAAAAGCAUUAGUAUGGGGAACAGGUAAGCAGGAUAAUAAGCAGAAAAUAAGCAUAUAAAUGUCCAGCUCCUUAUUGCAAUGCUUUUUAAGCCUUAUAAUAAGCGUUAAUAUGAAAAACAGGCAAGCAGGUAACUGCAGGAGAUAAGCAUAUGUAUGUUCAGUUCCUUAUUGCAAUGCUUCUUAAGCUUUAUGGUGUAUAUAUUGUGAAAAUAGGGACCGUUACCUUCCGCAUCUGGGCUUCACAGGAAUUUACCACAAUGUGUCUCAUAACAUGGUAUGGUAUUACCUGAAACCUCCAGCCCCUUCCUUUGCCACACCUUUGAUUUUUUGUUCUGUUAUCUGCAGUCUCUCUCCAAGAGUUUAAACAAACACACUGUUUAGCCUGUACCUCUAUCUUCCAAAGGCUUCCAGCGUAGUCUUGCAGUUUUGAUGUAUUUGGCUGAAUUGAAGCAGACCGUAUAACCCUAUACACUUCAUGUAUCAUCCUGCUACUUCUGUCAGAAGUCACAUCAUAAAUAAACACUAGUGGCCAGUUCCCUAAUCAUUAAACUACCGCCACCAUGUUUCACAGUUGAUUUUAUGUGUGGUUCAGAUCAUGAGCUGUUCAUUCCCUUUUCCAUACACUUCUCUUCCCAUGAGUCUGGUACAGGUUGGUCUUAGUUUUAUGUUUUAAGAAUAUUGUUGUUGUUUUUUUACAAAGUCUGAUCUGGUAUUCCAAUUUUUGAGGCUUAAAAAUGGUCUGCAACUUAUGGUAAACCCUUUGUAUUUACUUCAUGAAGUCUUCUCUAGGAAGUAGACUUUGAUUUGCUACCUCCCUAAGAGUGUUCUUGACGUAGCUAGAUGCUUUUGAAGGUUUUUUUCAGAUCACUAAUGAAAGCAUUUAAAGAUUAUCCAACAUAGUUGUCUUCCAUAGUUGUUCAGGCCUUUUAGUGUUGCUGAGCUCACCAGUUCAUUCCUUCAUUUUCUGAAUAUAUCAAAUUGUCGAUUUGGCUACUCCUAACGUUUCUGGUAUCUCUCUGAUGGGUUUGUUUUAUUUUUUCAGCUUAAUGAUGACCUGCUUUACUUGCAUUGACAGUUCUUUUGGCUUCAUUCUGAUAGUUGACAGUAACAACUUGCAAAUGCAAAUUCCACAUUUUUAAAUCAAAUCCAGACACUUGGCCAUAAAAAACUUCUCAGUAAAUUGUCCAGUUACUUUUGGUUCCAUGACAAGGAGGAAACUACAUAAUUACCCUCAAAUUGAGUCUGCACUUUACUGCCCAACAUCACUGUAAGACUUAAAUUUCUUUCUUUUUUUUCUAACAGUUAAAAAAACUAUAACUAUCAAUUUCCGAAUACUUAUGGACCUAUCUGUAUGUUAUAUAACUCCUGUUUAGCUGAACUGUUUUGUUGACUAUUCUACUAUGUUAAUUGGGGAAUUUUUCCACUGCUAUAUUAUUGCAUUGUUGUUUCUUAUGUAUUUUCUAAUGUUGCAUUGAUAUUGUGCUGUGAAAUUCUAAAAGAAAAACAUAAUUUAUGUAAGAAUUUACCUGAUAAAUUAAUUUCUUUCAUAUUGGAAAGAGUCCAUGAGCUAUUGACGUAUGGGAUAUACAUUCCUACCAGGAGGGGCAAAGUUUCCCAAACCUCAGAAUGCCUAUAAAUACACUCCCCACCACACCCACAAUUCAGUUUAACGAAUAGCCAAGAAGUGGGGUGAUAAGAAAGGAGAGAAAGCAUAAACAAGGAAUUGGAAUAAUUGUGCUUUAUACAAAAAAAAUCAUAACCACCAUAAAAAGGGCUGGUCUCAUGGACUCUUGCCAAUAUGAAAGAAAUGAAUUUAUCGGGUAAAUUCUUACAUAAAUUAUGUUUUCUUUCAUGUAAUUGGCAAGAGUCCAUGAGCUAGUGACGUAUGGGAUAGCAAAUACCCAAGAUGUGGAAGUCCACGCAAGAGUCACUAGAGAGGGAGGGAUAAAAAUAAAGACAGCCAAUUCCGCUGUAAAAUUAAUCCACAACCCAAAUCAAAAGUUUUAAUCUUUAUAAUGAAAAAAACUGAAAUUAUAAGCAGAAGAAUCAAACUGAAACAGCUGCCUGAAAUACUUUUCUACCAAAAACUGCUUCUGAAGAAGAGAAAGCAUCAAAAUGAUAGCAUUUAGUAAAAGUAUGCAAAGAAGACCAAGUCGCUGCUUUGCAAAUCUGAUCAACAGAAGCUUCAUUCUUAAAAGCCCAGGAAGUGGAAACUGACCUAGUAGAAUGAGCCUUAAUCCUCUGAGGCGGGGAAUUACCCAACUCCAAAUAGGCAUGAUGAAUCAAAAGCUUUAACCAAGAUGCCAAAGAAAAGGCAGAAGCCUUCUGACCUUUCCUAGAACCAGAAAAGAUAACAAAUAGACUAGAAGUCUUUCUGAAAUCUUUAGUAGCUUCAACAUAAUAUUUCAAAGCUCUUACCACAUCCAAAGAAUGUAAAGAUCUCUCCAGAGAAUUCUUAGAAUUAGGACACAACGAAGGGACAACAAUUUCUCUACUAAUGUUGUUGGAAUUCACAACUUAGGUAAAAAUUCAAAUGAAGUCCGCAAAACCGCCUUAUCCUGAUGAAAAAUCAGAAAAGGAGACUCACAAGAAAGAGCAGAUAAUUCAGAAACUCUUCUAGCAGAAGAGAUGGCCAAAGGGAACAAUACUUUCCAAGAAAGUAAUAUAAUGUCCAGAGAAUGCAUAGGCUCAAACGGAGGAGCCUGUAAAGCCUUCAAAACCAAAUUAAGACUCCAAGGAGGAGAAAUUGAUUUAAUGACAGGCUAGAUACGAACCAAAGCCUGUACAAAACAAUGAAUAUCAGGAACUUUAGCAAUUUUUCUGUGGAACAGAAAAAAAAAGCAGAGAUUUGUCCUUUCAAAGAACUUGCAGACAAACCCUUAUCUAAACCCUCCUGAAGAAACUGUAAAAUUCUAGGAAUUCUAAAAGAAUGCCAAGAGAAUUUAUGAAAAGAGGAACAUGAGAUGUAAGUCUUCCAAACUCGAUAAUAAAUCUUUCUAGACACAGAUUUACAAGCCUGCAACAUAGUAUUAAUCAUUGAGUCAGAAAAACCUCUAUGACUGAGCACUAAGCGUUCAAUUUCCAUACCAUCAAAUUUAAUGAUUUGAGAUCCUGAUGGAAAAAUGAACCUUGAGAUAUAAGGUCUGGCCUUAAUGGAAGUAGCCAAGGUUGGCAACUGGACAUCCGGACAAGAUCCACAUACCAAAACCUGUGCGGCCAUGCUGGAGCCACCAGCAGCACAAACGAUUGCUCCAUGAUGAUUUUGAAAAUCACUCUUGGAAAAAGAACUAUAGAUGGAAAAAUAUAGGCAGGAUGAUAACUCCAAAGAAGUGACAAUGCAUCCACUGCUUCCGCCUGAGGAUCCCUGGACCUGGAUAGGUACCUGGGAAGUUUCUUGUUUAGAUGAGAUGCCAUCAGAUCUAUUUCUGGAAGCCCCCACAUCUGAACAAAAUGAAUAAACACAUCUGGGUGAAGAGACCACUCUUCCGGAUGUAAAGCUUGAUGACUGAGAAAAUCUGCUUCCCAAUUGUCUAUUCCUGCGAUAUGGACCGCAGAAAUUAGACAGGAGCUGGAUUCUGCCCAAGCAAGUAUCCGAGAUACUUCUUUCAUGGCCUAAGGACUGUGAGUCCCACCCUGAUGAUUGACAUACGCCACAGUUGUGACGUUGUCUGUCUGAAAACCAAUAAACGUCUCUCUCUUCAAUAAAAGCCAAAACUGAAGAGCUCUGAGAAUCGCACGGAGUUCCAAAAUAUUGAAUGUUAAUCUCACCUUUUGAGUUUUUCAAACCCCUUGUGCUGUCAGAGAUCCCCAGACAGCUUCCCAACCUAAAAGACUUGCAUCUGUUGUGAUCACGGUCCAGGUUGGAUGAAACAAAGAGACCCAUAGAACUAUACGAUAGUGAUCUAACCACCAAGUCAGAGAUAGUUGAAUAUUGGGAUUCAAGGAUAUUAAAUGUGAUAUCCUAGUAUAAUCCCUGCACCAUUAAUUCAGCAUUAAAAACUGGAAAGGUCUCAUAUGAAAACGAGCAAAAGGAAUCAAGUCCGAUGCUGCAAUCAUGAGACCUAAAACUUCCAGCAUAUAGCUACUGAAGGAAAUAAUAGAGUCUGAAGGUUCCGACAAACUGAACCGAAUAAAAAUUGUCUCUUGUCUCUUAGGGACAAAGACAUUGACACAAUCUAUCUGGAAACCUAAAAAAGGUGACCCUUGUCUUUGAAAAAACAACAGAAGUUGAAUCGUAUGAGAUUCUGCAGAAUGAAAAGACUGAGCAAGUACCAUGAUAUCGUCCAAAUAAGGAAACAUCGAGAACCUUUGAAAAGAUUCCUAGAGCUGUCGCUAUGCCAGAAAGGAAGAGCAACAAAUUGGUAAUGCUUGUCCAAAAAAAGAGAAUUUCAGAAAAUUGAAAUAAUCUGAAUGAAACAGAAUAUGAAGAUAUGCAUCCUGUAAGUCUAUUGUGGGCAAAUAAUGCCCUUGCUGAACAAAAGGCAGAAUAGACCUUAUAAUCACCAUUCUGAAAGAUGGUACUCUUACAUGACUAUUCAAAAGAUUUUCUUUCUUUGGGACAAUGAAUAGUUCUGAAUAAAACCCCAGACCCCGUUCCUGAAACGGAACUGGUAUGAAUACCCCAGAUAACUCCAGGUCUGAAACACACUUCAGAAAAGUCUGAGCCUUUACUGGGAUUUGCUGGAAUAUGUGAGAGAGAAAAAGACUUCCCACAGGCGGUCUUAAUCUGAAUCCUAUUCAAACUAAGGAGUUUGGACCGAAUUGAACCAAACAACUUUAGAAAAAACUUAACCUGCCCCUUACCAGCUAAGCUGGAAUAAGGGCUGCACCUUCAUGCAAAUUUUGGGGGCUGGCUUUGAUCUCUUAAAUGGCUUGAAUUCAUUCCAUUUUGAAGAAAGCUUCCAAUUAGAAACAUAUUACUUGAGGAAGAAUUAGAUUUCUGUUCCUUAUUAAGAACAAAAACGGAAAUAAGCUUAAGAUUUACCCUUAGUACUUAAUCUUGAGGCAAAAAAACUCCCUUCCCCACAGGAACAGUUGAAAGCAUUGAAUCCAACUGUGAACCAAAUAAUGUAUUACCUUGGAAGGAAAGAAAAUAGAAAUCUGGAUUUAGAAAUCAAAUCAGCAUUCCAAGAUAAGGCCACAAAGUCCCUCUAGCUAAAAUAGCUAAAAAGAUAGAUUUACCUUAAUUUUGAUAUAAAAAAAAUGACAUCACAAAUGAAAUUAUCUGCAUGUUGAAUCAAGUUAACAAUGCUAAACAAACCAUAAUCCGAUACUUGCUGCACUAAAGUUUCCAACUAAAAAAGGUGAAACAGCUGCAACAUCAGCCAAAGAAAUUGCAGGCCUAAAAAUAAAUUAAUUUUCCUUAGAUAAGAUACAAGUUUCCCAUCUGAAGGAUCUUUAAAAUAAAUACUAUUUUCUAUAGGAAUAGUAGUACGUUUUAGCCUUCUGAAUAGAAUCAGAAAAAAAUUCUUAUAAAUUCCCAUGUAUAUCUGGUACAUUAGAUGUUAAAAGAAUAGCAACAGACAAUGCAUUAAUACUGAUGGACAUUUUCUCUGCAUGUAAAAGUUUAUCAUGAUAACUUAUUACAAACCAAAACUAAAGAUAAAAAUUCAUAACAUUAAAAUAAAUUAACUUUGGUAGGACUGAUAUCAGUCAGCAGGAAUCCAACAGUGUUUUCUGAUACAGGAACAGUUUUGAGAUAUCUUGCAAAUGUAAGAGAAAAAAACAACAUAAAAAGCAAAAUAUCAAUUUCCUUAUAUGACAGUUUCAGGAAUGGGAAAGAAAAUAAGCCUCUGGAAACCAGAAGCAAAAAAAAAUGAAUUCUUAAAUAAUGUCAAAAGUUUGGCGCCAAGUAUGACGCCCACAACUGACAAAGUAUUUUUUGGCGCCAAAAACGUCUGCAACAAACAUGUGCGUCAUAGAUGACGCAACCACGUGAAAAAACUCGGCGCCAACUAAGACGCCGGAAAUGAUGAAAUUACGUCAAGAAACGUAAUUCUCGCGCCAAGAAUGACACAAUAAAUUAUAGCGUUUUGCGCUCCCGCGAGCCUAACAACCCGCAAUUUAGAAAGAGAGGCAAUUUGAAAAUUUCAGGUAAGAAUUUUUAUUUAUUUAUUUUUAUUUAUAUGCAUUUCCCAAAUAUGAAACUGACAGUCUGCAAAAAGGAAAUAUACUGAUAACCUGGAUCAUGGCAAAUAUAAGUACAAACAUAUAUUUAGAACUUUAAAUAUAAAGUGCCAAACCAUAGCUGACAGUGUCUUAAAUAAAAGAAACAUACUUACCAAAAGACACUCAUCUACAUAAAGUAGAUAGCCACUGAAACGAGAAUCAGCAGAGGUAAUUGUAUAUAAGAGUAUAUCAUAGAUCUGAAAAGGGAGGUAGGAGAUGAAUCUCUACGACCGAUAACAGAGAACCUAUGAAAUAGAUCCCCGUUAGGAUGACCAUUGCAUUCAAUAGGUAAUACUCCCUUCACAUCCCUCUGUAAUUCACUGCACUCUGAGAGGAACCGGGCUUCAAAGGAGCUGAGAAGCGCAUAUCAACGUAGAAAUCUAGCACAAACUUACUUCACCACCUCCAUAGGAGGCAAAGUUUGUAAAACUGAAUUGUGGGUGUGGUGGGGGUGUAUUUAUAGGCAUUUUGAGGUUUUGGAAACUUUGCCCCUCUUGCCAAUUACAUGAAAGAAAUUAUAUUUUCUCCUGUUUUGUAUAUUGAACCUUUCUCUUAAUGAAUUCUUGUGUUUGUAAAAUCUUAGAAAUAAAUUUAAAAAAACAAAACAUCACAACACAAUAUUUGUUUGGCUAUACCACUUUUUUAAAUGAUCAUUUUUGACAAUGUUUGAGCAUUUGCGAUGAAAUGUUCUUGUUUAUCUGAUCUGGUUAUGACCCAUUAAUUUGUGCUAUACAUCCCCCCUGCAGGAUAACAACACCUCUAACCUCUUUUCUCUCCUUGGUGUAGUUAUUAAUGGCUGAUGGGUUUUUAAUUCAAUCACUAAAUGGGUCUAUAAUAAAACCACUAAACCAAAUCUAAGUUAUUAAACACUUAAACAGGUCCUUCCAUAAUUUUUGCAAAGAGUUUUAAAAGGAACCAAUACAUAUGUUGUUAUAAGUUGAAUAUUCGUUGGUCAAUAUACACACAUAUUUUAAAACAAAACAGUCAAAUUAAUACAAGACAACUCUAGCUCCACAACCCCAAUUUGUGCACUCCACGUGCAAUCUAGCUAAAUAAAAUAAUCACAGAGAAUUUAUCCCAGGAAAAGUGUAGAAUAUUUAGCCAAAUUCUCUUUUUCUCUCUUUCUCUCUUUGUUCAAAAUCAGCCAUCUUCACCAGGAGGGGGGAAGAGAGAGGAGAGUUUCUGGUUUUCUAGUUUUUAUGCCCCAAUUCAAUAUGGAGUAGUUUGUCAUAUGCCAUUCAAAGGCUAUAUGGGCGUAGCUUUAGACCAGGUCAAAACCCUUGUCUAUAAUAUAAAGGUGUAUCAUUGGGGGGAAGGUAUUUCUUGCAUGAAAAAUGUGUAGUGUUUUAAUUCCGGGGAUAAAUUCUCUAAUCUAUCUCACCACAUUUCCCCCACUUUUUCUUCUCCUAUGUUGCCCAGUUUUCUAGUUAUACCCACUAGUACAGAAGAACACAGUGGGGGUGAAAAGAUUACAGGAAAAAUUCUUCCCACCAUCCCUUAGGAAAAUCAUUCCCUCAGCAAUAUGAGCUAUUCUUUACUAGGACUGUCAAUUCCUAGUCUAACGUUAAACAAUUCAUUCAAAAAGAACCACACAAAAUUAUACAUUCAAAAUCCUAUGCUAAACCCCAUUAGCAGCAUUUAUACAAUGUUCUUAAAAUUGAAAAAAGUUAAAAGGUCAUGUUUGAGUUCUUGAGUGUGGGUACACUAGAUGGGUAUGUGUGUAGUAAAAUCUUUAUUAAUAAAGUGUGAAUUGUGCCUUUAAAACAAA